AUGUCAGUGCCCUUGCCUGCUAUUGUACCUGCCGCUCGGAAAGCCACUGCAGCGGUGAGUUAGUUUGAUUUUUGACAGCGAGGUUUGAAUGCAUCAUGCAUAGUUUGUUGUUGCGGACAAUAACUUGCCCUCACAUUAAAACUAUAGUCUCAAUUACGUCUGUAUUCCCAGUAAAGGACCAGUAGUGGGAAGCUAGAAUCAGGUGUUUUAGUGUAGGGCUGUAACAAAAGCCUGCACAGUAGCUCUCCAGGUGGAGGGUUGGCCACCCCUGACCUAGAUCUACCAACCAUAGACAUUGAAGUGUUGUCAAUAAAGCUUACCACAUUGUACAUGUAUGUAUCUCUUUUGCAAUGCAGGUAAUAUUUCUUCAUGGCCUGGGUGACACUGGGUAUGUGCAGCUCAUUCAUUUAAUCCCUCAUGUUACUAUUUCCACUCACCAUUGACUUAAGGGUUUUCUGUCAUAUUAUUCCCAUUCAUUGUAGUUUAUAGCUCAUAAAAUGUAAUUUGCUUUUGUUCAUAGCCAUGGCUGGGCAGAGGCCUUUGCUGGGAUCCGGACACCACAUGUGAAAUACAUCUGUCCUCACGCGUGAGUACAUCUGUGGACAAGUACAGCUUCUGUAUUUGGAUAAUGUUGAUGAUAGUGAUUAUUGAUGACAUUGGGUUUAGUAUACACAUUUAUUACUGACAUUGAAACCUUUUUGUUAUUUUGAUUUUUCAGUCCGAUCAAGCCUGUUACAUUAAACAUGGGCAUGUCCAUGCCCUCCUGGUAAGAAGUUAAGUUUCUUUCAUUUUAUAAAAAGAAGGCAAUAUCGAAGAACAGUACUAUUUGGGUUAAUCACUCCCCUCUAUGUUUUAGGUUUGACAUCAUCGGAUUGCAAACAGAUGCAGAGGAAGACGAAGCUGGUAUUAAACAGGCUUCUGAGAAUAGUAAGUCUAUGGUUUGUAUGUAGCAGUACUAGGACAUACAGUAUGGUGAAAUUUAAAACUAUAUAAACUUGAGCUUGACUUGAUUCUAUUUGAGCUUGAUUUGAUUGACUGCUUCCUCUCCCCUCAGUUAAAGCACUGAUCGAUCAAGAAGUGAAGAAUGGAAUACCAUCACACAGAAUAGUUCUUGGUGGAUUUUCUCAGGUAGACUAGCGUAUGACAACAAAAAACUGUAAAACAACACUGAAAUGUACAUCAAAUCAAAUCAAAUUGUAUUGGCCACAUGCGCCGAAUACAAUAGGUGCAGACAUUACAGUGAAAUGCUUACUUACAGCCCUUAACCAACAGUGCAUUUAUUUUUUAUAAAAAAGUAAAAUAAAACAACAACAAAAAAGUGUUGAGAAAAAAAGAGCAGAAGUAAAAUAAAAUAACAGUAGGGAGGCUAUAUAUACAGGGGGGUACCGGUGCAGAGUCAAUGUGCGGGGGCACCGGCUAGUUGAGGUAGUUGAAGUAAUAUGUACAUGUGGGUAGAGUUAAAGUGACUAUGCAUAAAUAAUUAACAGAGUAGCAGCAGCGUAAAAAGAUGGGGUGGGGGGUGGGGUGGGGGGGCAGUGCAAAUAGUCCGGGUAGCCAUGAUUAGCUGUUCAGGAGUCUUAUGGCUUCGGGGUAGAAGCUGUUGAGAAGUCUUUUGGACCUAGACUUGGCACUCCGGUACCGCUUGCCGUGCGGUAGCAGAGAGAACAGUCUAUGACUAGGGUGGCUGGAGUCUUUGACAAUUUUGAGGGCCUUCCUCUGACACCGCCUGGUAUAGAGGUCCUGGAUGACAUAAUUCAGUGGUAAGACAGCGAUAAGUAUUCAUGUUUUUGUGUGCUUUGGUGAAAACAGGGUGGAGCGUUGUCUCUGUACACAGCUCUCACGACCCAACAGAAGCUGGGGGGAGUGGUUGCUCUCAGCUGCUGGCUCCCUCUACGGAACUCCUUCCCCCAGGUAACACUGUAUCCUGCAUUAGAAGUGUUCUGUGGUGCACUUAGGUUUUACAUAUGAUCCAUUCAAUUGUUUUGGAAUGCAAACAGUCUAUUAGCUUGUUACUUUACCAAAUCACACAAAUCAAGAAGUCCCAGACAGACCAAAUAAUUUAAGAGACAUUGCAAAUUAUAGCUGAUUUGAAAUAUAACCCUAAUGUCGUCUUUUUUCAGGCAUCGGCAAACUCUGCCAACAAGGAGAUGCAUGUCCUGCAGUGCCAUGGUGAGGCAGACCCUCUGGUGCCCGUAAUGUUUGGAUGUCUCACUGUAGAGAAGCUAAAGACCCUCUGCAAUCCAUCCAACAUCACCUUCAAGACGUAUCCCAGAAUGCCUCACAGUGCCUGCCCUGAGGUUAGUAUGGCAUGCACAGCGGUUGUGAGAAGAGACUAGUAUGAAGAUUGGCGCUUUUUGAAGACUUUGGACAUGCACUAUUGAAUUUAUAUGAAAUUACUUUAUAUUUUGUGCAGUAAUACGUGUCUUUCUUGCGUCCUACAGGAAAUUAUGGAUAUCAAGCAGUUUAUUGAAAAGCAGCUUCCUCCAAUCUAA